ACUGGUUGAUUGACACAUGGGCCACAAUGUAAUAAAACAGAAACAUAAUCAAAGUGAAACCAAAACAAACCUGAAGAAAGUUCUGAUCCAAACCCAGACGUCUGGCUCUGAGCCCCCCCAUCCUGAAUGAAAGCUCCAUUUGUCAGCAGGUCUGAAACAAUCAGCACACCUGUGAUGAUCCCAUUAACGUUGGGAUGAAAUGUAUUUAUUUAAAAUGAAAAAGUAACAAAUGUGAAAUGACAGAGAAGAGAAAAAACCUCUUUUCAUCUCUGUUAGUUUUAGAGAAUAACCGAACGUCUUUCCCUCUGUUCUUUCAUUUCCUGUUUAGGUUUUGAAGUUAGAUUUUCUUAUGUUCGGACUUCCUUUGUCAUGAAAGUCUGUCUUUUUUGUAAAGAAGGACGGAGCAAAGCCGUGUGUGUUUACGGGGAUGUGGGGGUCAGCUGACUGCAGCAGGAUGGAUGGACAGAUGGAUGAGGGUUUGUCUGUUAAUCAUUACUGAAGUGGAUUAGCUGGGUCUUCUGUAAAUAUGAAGAAUGCACACAGAGCUUCAUUAGCUCUGCCAGCCCGCCGUUAAGAGGCAGCGGCUCUUCCUCAGCCUCCUCCUCAGCAGCUCAGCAGCUUUUUCUCUGGCAGCAGAUGUCAAAAAUGCUCCUGGUCCUCCUCGUCUCCAUCUGGACUUUAAAGUAUGGAUUUAUAGACCAGCUCUGAGGAUUUGUCUGCGCUGAAUCUCAUCUUUUUCCCAAGACACUGAACUCUCUUUUUGAGUUUGAACCUUUGGUUUCCUGUCAGCGUCAUGCCGAUGAAACGCAGCAGCAGCAGUUCUGCCUCCGAAAACCUGUUUCUGAUUCACCCUUUUAGCCAAACUUUGAGCAGCUCUUCAGAGGAAACGUCCACGGAUGUCAACGGACAGACGCGCUGUCACCAGGACCGCGAUUCUGGGAUUAAAUCAGAGGCAGAAGACAGCAACGACACGCCUUCGUCUGAGGAGGAGCAGGACCCGGACCUGACCUCUGACCUCAAGCAGAACGUGGGCUCCAGCAGGAAGACCGUCAGCCAGCUGAUAAAGAACAAGAAGAAGCAGAUGCAGCUCACGCUGCAGUGGCUAGAGGAGAACUACAUGGUGUGUGAGGGGGUGUGUCUGCCGCGGUGCAUCCUCUACGCCCACUACCUGGACUUCUGCAGGAAAGAGAGGCUGGAGCCCGCCUGUGCCGCCACCUUCGGAAAGACCAUCCGGCAGAAGUUUCCUCUCUUAACCACCAGAAGGCUGGGCACCAGAGGACACUCCAAAUACCAUUAUUAUGGGAUUGGGAUUAAAGAAAGCAGCGCUUACUACCACGCUGUGUACUCUGGAAAAGGUCUGACCAGAUUCUCAGGCAGCAAGCUGAAGAACGAGGGGGGGUUCACCAGGAAAUAUUCUCUGAGCUCCAAAACGGGGACGCUGCUUCCGGAUUUUCCCAACGCCCAGCACCUGGUUCUGCACGGAAACAUCUCCAGAGAAAAGGUGGACACGCUGAUCAUGAUGUAUAAGACCCACUGCCAGUGCAUCCUGGACAACGCCAUCAACGUCAACUUUGAGGAGAUUCAGAACUUUCUGCUGCACUUCUGGCAGGGAAUGCCCAACCACCUGCUGCCGCUGCUGCAGACGCCCGUCAUUGUCAACGUCUUCUGCGUCUGCGACUCCAUCCUCUAUAAGGUUCUGACUGACGUGCUGAUUCCUGCCACCAUGCAGGAGAUGCCUGAAAGUCUUUUAGCAGAUAUUAGGAGCUUUGCCAAACACUGGGAGCACUGGUUGGCUUCUUCCCUGGAGAACCUCCCAGAAUGCCUUGCAGCUAAGAAGCUCCCCAUUGCACGCUGCUUUGUUUCUUCUUUGAAGAGACAGACUUCCUUUCUACAUCUUGCACAGAUUGCCCGUCCGGCGCUCUUUGACCAGGCGGUGGUGACCAGCAUGGUGCAGGACAUCGACCAGGUGGACCUCAGCAGCAUCAGCUCUCAGCCAGUGCUUAACAUCACGACGCCCAGAGGCCUGGACUCAGACAUCUACUCUGAGUAUGAUUCCAUCAGUAUCUUCCAGGAGCUGAAGGAGCUGCUGAGGAAAAACGCCACAGUGGAGUCGUUCAUCGAGUGGUUGGACUCUGUGGUCGAGCAGAAGGUCAUAAAGCCUGGGAAGCAGAGCGGUCGCUCGGUGAGGAAGCGGGCGCAGGAUUUCCUUCUCAGGUGGAGUUUCUUUGGUGCCAGAGUGAUGCACAACCUGACCCUCAACAACGCUUCCAGCUUUGGUUCCUUCCAUCUGAUCCGGAUGCUUCUGGACGAGUACAUCCUGCUGGCUCUGGAAACACAGUUCAACAACGAGAAGGAGGACGACCUCCAGAACCUGCUGGACAAAUGCAUGAAGAAUCCAGGUGCCAGAAAAAACACUUUUGCCGCCUCACCUAGUUCCUGCUUUCUGGCCAAUCGCAACAAAGCCCCCCCAGCCUCUGACCAAUCAGUGAAGAAUGAGUCUGUGGGACAGACCAACCUAUUGACCAAUCAGCAGCAGAGCCUGGUCAGAGCGGGAGUCUACAAGGGGGGAGAGGGCUCUGGUUUCCCAGCUUCAGGUGGACAGGAGGACUUCCCCCAGGUUGCCUGCCCCCUCAUGACCCCGCCCAUCUCUCCAGCAGCAUUAAUACACAGAGACUCUGUCAUCAACCAAGGGCCCAUGGCAGGGGGGCCGCUGCCCUCCUCCUCCCUCCCAUCGUCAUCCUCCAGUGUCCCCCCUCCCAGCGUGAUGACCCAGCCCGCCCCCUCGUACCCGGACGGGCUGUACCACUGCCUGUCCCUGACCAGCCCCAGCUAUUGUCCCGCGGUGGGCGGUCCCUCUUCUCCGAACUACCACGCAGGUCUCAGGUCUCAGACGGAGAGUCUGGCUCCGGGACAGCCUCUGAACUGUCACCUGUCUCGGUACCCCCCCAUCAGCGGCCCCCACAUGAGCAAAAACAUGUUCUACGGUCAUCCCGCCACAGCAACCAAUCCCUCGUUUGGCUCUGCGCCACGGCCCGCCUCCCAUUAUAUCUCCAGUUCUGAUUCGGCCCAGGCUGAUCAGGUUCUGGACCCGCAGAUGAUGGAGCCUGUGGAUGCUUUUGGAUUCCCAGGGGGGGGGCUGAACCUGGUGGGGGGUGGGUGUCAGGGACAGCCGUACCUGGGUCACAGCGGUUACUAUGGCAACAGCGGUUACGUGGACGGCCCGCGCGUGGAUCAGCACGUUUCUGUCAUCAGCAGCGUCAGCAGUCUGCGCUCCUUCUCCUUCUCUGAGGUUCACGAUCCGCUGAACAUCCUGGACGAACCCGGGAAGAAACUGACCGGGGGCUUUUUUAGCGAGGCUGACCCCCGAGCAGAACACCCCCUCCCCCCGUCAGGAUCGGCCUCCUGCAUGUUCGGACUUUCCUCUCUGUUCUCUCAGGACGCCCUGCUGCCUCAGCAGUGCGUGGCCCCGCCCUCAGAGGUGCAGGACCUGGUGUCGUCGCUGCCUCCCAUCAACACUGUGUUCAUGGGGGCUGGGGGGGUGCAGAGAUGAUCCACUUUUUAAAGGUUUUGCUUUGAGGGAGGGGUUUGUAACACCUGUCAGGUGGAACAGUUCAACCAACAGGAGCUUGAGUAGCAGUUACGGCCAGAGGCAUGCUGGGAAAAGGAUUCAACAAAGAGUCAAAUCCAAGUCAAUACACCUGUUGUCAUAAAAGUUAUUUAGAAACAUUUCUAUUAUUGGACAAAGUUGCAGAUGUUUGCCGCUGCAUGUUUCAUAUCCUGUUUGUAAAUAAAGUUUCUGCAGAACAGUC